AUGUCGAUUGUUUUGGUAGCUGAUAUUGGAGGAACUAACUCUCGCUUUGAGUUGCUCUCCUUCGAAAAUGGAGAAUGUACAGUUGUGAAACCCUUAGAAAAUCUAAAUUCUCACAGCUUUGAGGAGUUUAUUCCAGUAAUUAAAACUUUUCUUGCUGGCCAACCAACUCCAAGCAUUGGAGUCUUCGCAAUUGCAGGGCCUGUUAAGGGCAACAGUGUUACGUUUGUCAAUACUGGCUGGCCUCCAUGUACAACAGACGCAGUGACUAAUGAAGUGGGUAUUGAAAAAGUUGUGUUUCUCAACGAUUUCCAAGCAGCUGGCUAUGGAGUCUUGGAUUUGAAGCCAGAAAAAAUGAUUCAGUUAAAUCCAGGUGUAAGGCCGAUUGAACAUUCUCCAGUUGUAGUCACUGGGCCUGGCACUGGCCUUGGGUUUUGCUUUUUAACUUGGAAUGGACGACAUUAUGACGCAUGGGGGACUGAAGGAGGACACUAUGAUUUUGGUCCUAAAAAUGAGCUUCAGUGGAAAUUCUCUAUGUACAUGCUUGAAAGAGUAAGAGGAGCAUGCCAACAAGGCGAAGAGUACCCACAAUUUGAAGGAAUUCAAGCAGCUAAUCAAGAAUUGGUGCUUGCAGGAGUGGGAGCUUAUAAUCUUUACCCAUUUAUGAGGAGAGAAUUCCCUGAAUUGCUCAAUGAAGAAUUUGACAGGCUAUUUGAAAGCAGCCCAGGAGAAAGAAUGAAGCUAAUUAUGGAAUAUGGAUUUUCAGGAAGAGACCAGCUAUGCCAAAAAGCUGUAGAAUUGUGGCUACAAAUGCUUGGAUAUGAAUGCGGAAAUUCAAUCGCAAAAACUUUGCCAUAUGGCGGAUUUUAUUUGAUUGGAGGUUUGGUUACUAGAAAUGCAGAAAAUAUAGCCAAAAGCCAAAUUUUUAAAGAUGCAUUGUUUGCUAAGCCUCCUCAUAUCAGAGCAGCUAUUAACAGCUGUCCUUUUUUUAUUGUGAGCCAUGAAGACUGUGGGAUGAUUGGAGCCAAGAAAUAUAUCAAGAAUUAUCUUAACAUCGCUUAA